AAGAGAAAACGUGACAUAUUCUUAAGGACUAAUGGAAGUAUCUUACUAUGAUUCACCAUUUUUUCUUCAUCUUUUGUCGUUAAUAGACCUAGGUUCCUUCCUGGAGGUAUUGGUGAUCCACCGCUACUAGAUACGGAAGUCCAUUAGGCGAAAGCUUUUUCUAUUCCGUCCAAAACUAUUUGAACCAUAUGAAAAUACACAAACCUACAAAUAAUCACCAAACCGACUAGAAUAAAUUCAGUCAAGCGUAUAGACUACCAACUUGAAACAGUACCGAUACAACAAGAAGUGAGCGUAAAGAAAACAUUUGAUUUAUCCAAGCUCGUAAAAGGAUAUUGGAUUAGGGAUACGCUCCGAUACAACCAUUUGAACCAUUUGACUGGUACGUUACGGUUGCUUUUUGGCAAGUAAAAGUUUUAAUAUAGACAGAACUCAUUUGAUUUCACUACAUAAAGUAAGGUAAGGAUUAAUUCAUCUUUUGUCUUUGGAUAAGUGUUACCUAUUAUAUUGAGAUAAGCUGAUUAAGAAGUAUUUUUGUAACCUACCCGAGCUCCCAAUUUGGAAAUUUUGGGGAAAUCAUCAAAAUGACCUUGACCGAGGUUGAAGGGGAAUUUCGGGGAAAUAUUGGGGUUUUUGUGCCAUUUCUCCAAAAUCUCCUCAAAGUUUACUAUGGCGGCUUCCCCAGAAUUUCUCCGAAACUUCAAAUUUUCCCCAAAAUUGGUUGAUUAACUAUAGCUGGUGUUUUAUUGGUCUUUAUGUCGAAUCUCUACAUGAAAAGCAUGUGAAGGCGAAUAAUUAUAGCUUAAAGUGCGUAUAAACUCAUCAAAAUGCAUAUUAAUUAAUAUGCAUAUACUGUUUUAUUUCACUUAAGUGAAAUAAAACAGUAUGGUUGUCAGAAAAUGUAUCAAUUUUCAUAAUGACAAUAAAAUACCAUAUAUUAAAAUAUGAGGGGUUUUUCCCUGAAAUUUCCCUAGACUCCAGGAAAAACUAAGAAUUUUCAUAUGGAUUUGAGGAAAAUCUAAAAAUCCUCUAGAAUUUCCUCGAAAUCCGGAGAUUGUGUUCCUUGAUCUUUGUGACAUUGUGAACAUAUAUUUUCACAAUGUCAAAUAUGGUUAUAACUAUAUUUGUAUUGAAUAUGUUUUGUAUGAACGUUUCAUUAUUUGAGACGUAUUGUUAGUAAUCGGCCAUUAAACGUACUGCUGCAUCAGGCGAAAAGCAGGUCGUUACUCCUUUUGGUUUGUUUGAACGUAUACGAGUUUCACUUAGAUCCAGAAACGCUCAUUAACUAAACAAUUAGAGGUUUUUAUUCUGCUGUCAAUGUUCAUGUUUUAAUUACCAGCAGUUUACCACGCGAACAUGUCAAUCAUGCACAUCACUUAUUAUCCGUUUUCAACAAUUUGGCAUAAUCAUUCAGCUUCCCAACUAUGUCUUAGGCGGGGAAAAUUUAAAAUUCUUGGCCCACAAUAUUAGGACAUACAGUAUUUAGUCACUGGAUGACUAAUUUAAGGCCACUAGGAAUUUCAGUGAGCCAGAUUCAGUAAAUGUACUUCGUUAUUUCUUGGGAAUGGUGACUUUAUUGCAACCUUUGUUGAACACUUUGAAGGGACAUGUUAAAAACUUUAUGUUAUCCUCAAGAGCCAAACUCACUUUCUCUUCCGCAAUAGCAUUAAACUCAACAAUAAUGCUGUCUUACAUGACCCCAUCAAUUUUAUGUACCAGCGCGUCACAUAUCAGUAGGCUCACUGUUUUGUUGAAAGGCUAACAACUAAAUAUGAUCAUCAGCGUUUUUCUUAGGGCAUUAGAUUCAGCCUGGAUAAUGGCUAACCAAAUCGUAUGUUCGAGCUCCGAAUUUGCAACUCCGAGCUUUCACUACCUGAAGUUUUGUAGUAAUGUGAUAUAAUACAGGGUGCAUUACACUGUCCUAGUGGUACGUUGGCUUUGUAUUCACUGCGUAUUGGCGGACAAGGUCAUCAAAAUUGUCACUUAUAGGGGAGUGUUUGUCGUGAUACCAUUUAUGCACAGUAGUCCGAAAAAAAUUACUUCAGUCAUUAACUGGGUGCAGACGUUAAUGGGCUUUCCUUUGUUAACAUCAGCUAGCAAGUGGUCAGAAAAUUGGUUCCCAAAAUAAAGUAGAGAACAUCAACUAUAAUGAACAUUUGACUAAAAGGACUUCUAAUCCAGAGGCAUGUAACUGUUCUCUGGAAGUUUUUAUCGUCCUUUUUUACUGCAUUCAAUGAAUACUUGCCACUAUUUAUUACUGGUCGUUUGGUUAGUGUAACUAGAAUUAGGCUGAUUAUUGCGCCCUUGCACACCAAGAGGUGCGGACCUGAAAUCUUAUCCAGCACAAAGAAAAGGGGACUAGAUAGUUGACAAGCAACAACCGUCACCAUUACUACCUGUCCACACCGUUUCCUGACAUGCGGAAAGAUUUGAAAAUUUGCAUGUAGUAACACUUUGUGACCUUUUUACUACGCCUUUUAUAGUAACACCAUUCUCAUUCUUUAACUAUCAGGGUUUUAGGACACUGGCUCUUACCAUUCUGGUUUCGGGACCCAGAACGGCCUAUUCUUGCCGAUGUUAGAAAUAAACAGUCGCAACAGAUCUAAAUUCGACACUAGACUAGGAACAUUUGUUAUGUGUUGAAUACGAAAACGUAGUAGCUGUUCAGUCAGCGAUAAAAUUUUCGGUCCUGGUGCAUUAUUCAGCGUGUCCAAUGUCGUUUAAAUGUGAUAUGCUACUUGUUUAUUCCAAAAUUAUGUGAGUCUCACAGUUUGUUAGAUAAACAGUCUGUUGAGCUCAGGUUGGUAGUCUCUGCAUCCAUAUCUGUUUUGAAAACCCAUCAACGUUGUAGGGAUCAAUCAAUUACUUCACUCGAUGUAAUAACUGGGACGGUUACCCGUCCCCUAGCCCGUACUCAAUUAGUAACUUCUGUGAGUUUCCGUCUAACUUGAUGGUGUGUUGAAUGAUCGUUUGCUUUAGCUCAUCAUAUACCUAAGAUAAUGGAACAUUAUUUGUGGGAUCUGAAAUUUUCGUGGCUACCUUGGUAGAUAAUAUUUCCAACACAACAGAGUGCCUUAAAGCCUAUAGAUGGAUAUUCUAGCACUGAAGAUGUACCUCAGCGCGUGUGAAUCAUGUUUCAUGAUUAAAUCCACUAAACAUACGCCCAUUCAUAGAAUUUAGUGCAUUCAGCUCUGGUGAUAUGUCAGACCAGACAUACCCACAGGUGUGAUUAAUGUAAUCAGGCUCCGACAUAUCCAUAAGGAAGUAUGCAAAAAACUAUUACUACGAGUGAAAUUAAUGUAAAAUUGUAUAUUCGUGAAUUAAAAAUUUUAAUUUUAGAAAGCAAUAGGGCUCAUAAGAUUUGUAGUUGCCCAAACACAAGGACCUAGUCAAAAUAUAUUGGUACAUAAAAACCAAUAGUUACAUACAAGUGACAAAACAGGGAGAAUUAAAUUCUAAAGAAAGAUGCAUAAUGAAUGGCAAGACGGUAGUGAAUAUUACUUGAAAGUCCUUUUUGAAAAGAAACCGGAAAUAGGAUCGUUUCACUGGGUCGAUGUUCAUCUAUGUGCCUGGUGCAUUUAACCAGUAAUGAAAACGUUGUCAUGCAUCUGCAUUAUUAACGAGUUAUCGAGGUCUCUUGUAGCGAAAUAUCGCAUCUUCCAUAAAAAUACUGAUGGUUUCGGUUUUUCCUUAGGUCGAAAGGCAUGUACUCUCUAUUUCUCAUUUGAAACAUAAUUAUCUGUAAUGUUAAUUAAAUCUACUAAAAGUCAACAUUAAAAAUAUUGAGAUCAUACAACUAUGUUGUAUAAAGAGUUUUAAAUAAUUAGAAACAAUCCUUAUUGUCUUUUAAGUUAAUACAGAAAGUCGGAGAUGAGGAUUUCAACUGCAAAGUUUGUUUAAGACAUAUCACGGAAUGUGAUAGGAUGGAGUUAUUUUGCUAAAAAAAUAGGGUAUUAAAUGAUUAAAAUGAGUACGUUCUGUCAAUAAAAAUUGAAGCAAAAUAAAUAGUGUCAAUAAUGAAGUUGAUCAUUCUUGUAUGUCAACUACCAUCCGUUAUUAUUCUUAAUUGUUUUCAGGGCUCUAAAGUUUUCAUAUAGUACUACGGACCUUAUUAUGGUUAGUAUUACCGUAAUAUGCACAUUUUCGUCUUUCAAGGUUAUUCAUUAUUGGGUUGUCUAUUUUAUGUAGGGUUAACAAUGAAGGUUGGAUGUAUUCAGACAUACGAUGCUUCUAUGCUUACCUAUGAUCAUAUCGAAGCUUCCAAUGUAAUACAGUUAGCUAAGGAGCUUACAAAUACAAAACUACCAACAGAUAUUGAAGUGGAAUGGCUGUUAAAAGCAAUUUGCUUAAUCGAUUUAACCACAUUAGCUGGGGAUGAUACACCUGUCAAUGUACAAAGACUUUGUGUAAAAGCAGUUCAUCCGCUAAGUGAAUGCGUUUUGAAUAAAAUUGAAAAUGCGUUCAAUAUGAACCUACAAGAUUUAAGAACAGCUGCUGUAUGCGUUUAUCCAUAUCAAGUUAAAACAUGUGCAGAAACUUUUAAGAAAUUAAAAUUACCAAAUUUUAAUAUUGCUUCUGUUGCUACUGGUUUUCCUACUGGACAGUAUCCCUUAGAAACUCGGCUAUUGGAAAUUAAAUCAGCUAUAAAUGAUGGAGCGAAUGAAAUUGAUGUAGUAAUAAAUAGAACAUUAGCUUUACAAGGUGAUUGGGAAGGAGUUUAUAAUGAAGUAUGUGCGAUGCGUAAAGCUUGUGGUGAUCAAGCACACUUAAAGACUAUUCUUGCUACUGGUGAAUUAAUCAGUUAUGAUAAUGUUUAUAAGGCUUCAAUGGUUUGUAUGUUAGCUGGAGCAGAUUUUAUUAAAACAUCUACUGGAAAAGAAACAGUCAAUGCAACACUCCCAAUUUCAUUGGUUAUGGCUAGAGCUAUUCAAGAUUUCAAUGAAGUAUAUGGCAUCAAGGUUGGCUUCAAACCUGCCGGUGGUCUUCGUACAGCUAAAGAUGCCAUCGAUUAUCUCCAAUUACUCGAUAAUGUUCUUGGCUCUGAUUGGAUAAAUCCAGAUUAUUUACGAUUUGGAGCUAGUUCAUUAUUGGCCAAUAUUGAAACUCGACUAUACAGUCUAUGCCAUAAUGGUUUAAUACCAUUACCUGGUGAAUUAGACUUUUUCUAAUUUUUGAUUACCUUUUUUCUCUCUUGUUUUCUUUCAAUUUACUCGAUUUGAUUAUUUUUGAUGAUUAUGUUUGCCUUAAUUUUGUUGUUGUUGAAAAA